AUGACUCAUUCACGAUUUUAUAUAAGAUUAUUCUUCUCAACUUGCUUCGCUUUAAUGGUUAUAAGUACAAAAUUUUCCAAUGGCGUAGUAAUAACCCGAAUUAAUUUAAGACACGAACAAAAAUAUCUUAACGUAAUAAAGUCAAAUUCUAUACAAAAUCAUCAACACUUGCGAAGAGAUUUAUUAGCAAGUAAAACCCCCAAAAUCACGAACAUACCAGAGAAUAAUCUCAUCAUACCACAUACAGAUAAAAGUAUUUACAAAUUAGAUCCAACAGGUAGUGCAGUAUUUUAUGUAGCAGGUAUAAUAACUUCCUUCGCAAACAUGCUCGGAUCCUCUUUGAUGAUCAUUUUAACAAUCCAUAAAUAUCGAUGCAACUCCGAAUAUCUUACAACAUCAAAAAGAUUUCCUCUUUAUAUGGCAAUAAUGGAUUUUGGUACUUCUUUUAUAACUUUACCAAAUUUGUUUUAUCCAAUGACACAAGAUUAUCUAAUGAGAGGUAGUUGGUGUAGUUCAUUAGGUUUCAUGACUUCGUUAUUGAUCGGAAUAAAUAUGAUGUUGAUGGCCAUAUUGGCUUUAAUAACUUAUUUAAGAAUUUGUAAACGUUUUGUCGUGAAUCUUGGAAAAAAGGAUUGUUUUUUGUUUCUGUCGAUUCUUAUUCCAACCUUAACUAUUUCGUUCGUAACCUGGUUAUUAGAUGGAUUCGGUCCUGAUACUUUUUGGUGUUUUAUGAAUAGUCUAAAAAGUGGAAGUCGAGUAAAUUUGAUUGCACUUAUAGCAUUUGCAUAUAUUGUAACAAUAAUAACAUCAUUUAGUUACAUGAAUGUAAUAAAACGGAUUAAUAAUGUUGAAGCAAUGCUUGCAUCCUUCUCACGCACAAAAGAUUCAAACAUGCAAGAUACUGAACAAAGUUCAAGUACAUGGUCAACAAAAUUUAAGCAAACGUUCUUUUUUACAUCAGCAAGUUUGAAAUCAUCAAAUCGUACAUCAACAAUAUCACGUGAAACGAUGAGUAAUUUAGAUGGUCUAGAAUUAAGACCUCCAAGUUUCUUUUAUGAACUUCGACCUUCUGUAAUCGUUAAUGCCCCUACGGCUUUACAAUUGAUACAAUAUACACCGAUAAUUAUUUAUUCAUUGUGUUUUUUGGUGAAUGAGAUGCAAGCUUGGGUUUAUGUGUUGACUGUUGUGAUGUUGAAUUUAGGUGGUGUUGUUAAAUCGGUGACGUUUAUGAAAAAUGAAUUGUGGUGUAACGAUGAGAUGAGUGAGAAGAGAGAAAAGUCAGGAGGAACGGUUAAAGCGUCAUUAAAUGAGAAUGAUAUUGAAAUAAAUUCAUUCAAUAAAAAUCAAGAUUUUACACCGAUUUCAAACAACUGA